AUGAAUCGGCCUGUGCGAAACAAGACAGAUGAGAUGCUAGAUCUGGUGGCGCUGCCCGAGCUUCAACGAGAUAACAUAUCGCAUCUCUUGACGAGUCUAUCCCAGGGUCUAGAUAAAUCCCACGUCAAGAUCGAUGAAGUCGUCGAGGCCGUCAUGAAGGGGCUACCGAGCUCGCUCACCAUCAAGCAGUUUUACACGUUUGUUUCUGAAGUCAUUGCCAGUAGGAUAGUACAGCAUCCCGAUUACUCAUUGCUUGCUGGAAGAGUCGAGGCCACGUUGCUACAUAUCCAGGUUCCACUAACAUUCAGUGAAAACAUCGAGAGAUUAAAGCAUUACCGGCCGUCAAAGGGGAAAUCAUAUUCGCCAGUAUCUGCCAGACUAUACGAAAUAGUCAUGGCCAACCGCACAUUUUUCGAUGACAUCAUUGUACCGCAACGCGAUUUCGAACUCACGUAUUUUGGAAUCAAGACUUUGCAAGCUUCGUAUCUUCUUCAGAUGGAUGGACAAGUGGCAGAGACUCCGCAGCAACUAUUUCUUCGCGUUGCCAUCGGCAUACAUUUCGCUGCGCUCGAUGCCGUGGAAGAGACUUAUGACCUCAUGUCUCAAAAAUACUUUAUUCAUGCGCUGCCGACGUUAUACAACGCCGGUAGUGAAUUCAACUUUUUGUCAUCGUGCUUCUUGAUGGCAAUGAAAGACGACUCCAUCGAUGGCAUCUACGAGACGUUGCACGAAACCGCGCUCAUAUCGAAAUCUUCCGGCGGCAUUGGGCUUCAUGUACACAAUAUCAGAGCAAAUGGCUCCUACAUUGCUAGCACCAAUGGAACUUCCAACGGGCUCGUGCCCAUGCUUCGAGUGUUUAACAACACGGCAAGAUACGUUGACCAAGGCGGCGGUAAACGACCAGGUGCGUUCUCCAUCUAUAUUGAGCCUUGGCAUGCUGAUAUUUUCGAUAUCUUGGAUAUGCGAAAGAACCAUGGAAAUGAAGAGCAAAGAACUAGAGACCUUUUCUACGGGCUAUGGAUUUGUGACUUGUUUAUGCAGCGGGUCAAGUCGGGCGGACAAUGGUCGCUUUUCUCGCCGAAUGAAGCACCUGGCUUGAGCGACGUGUAUGGUGAUGAGUUUGUGCAACUAUACGAAAAAUACGAAAAACAAGGCAUUGCGUAUCAGACCAUCAAUGCGCAAAAGCUCUGGUUGGCUAUAUUGGAAUCGCAAACUGAAACUGGUGGUCCCUACAUGUUGUACAAGGAUGCAUGCAAUUCGAAAUCGAACCAAAAAAAUUUGGGAACCAUCAAAUCUUCCAACUUGUGUUGUGAAAUCGUGGAAUACUCGUCACCGGAAGAGACUGCAGUUUGCAACUUGGCUUCGUUGGCGUUACCUUCGUUUCUCAAGACGUUUGACGAUAGCAUUGAGUUUGACAUCACUAAAUUGCACUGCGUGACCAAAGUCGUUACUAGAAACUUGAACAAGGUCAUCGACGUGACGAAAUACCCCGUUGAGUCCGCUGAGAGAUCAAACAAGAGACAUCGCCCCAUUGCAUUGGGAGUACAGGGCUUGGCUGAUUUGUUCUUGGAACUACGCUUACCAUUUGACUCUCCAGCAGCUAAAAAAUUAAACGUGCAGAUUUUCGAAACUAUAUAUCAUGCUGCUAUUGAAGCCUCGGUGGAACUUGCCAUAGUCGAAGGUCCAUAUAGUUCCUUUGAAGGCUCGCCCGCGUCUCAGGGCCAACUCCAGUUUGAUCUUUGGCACCACACACCUUCCGAGCUCUAUGAUGACUGGGAUACGUUAAAGGCCAACGUUGUCAAAUUCGGUCUCCGCAACUCGUUGUUGGUUGCGCCCAUGCCCACGGCGUCAACUUCACAAAUUUUGGGAUUCAAUGAAUGCUUUGAACCUUACACUUCCAACUUGUACACGCGCCGAGUACUAGCCGGAGAAUACCAAAUUGUCAAUAAAUACCUCAUUAAAGAUUUGAUCGAUUUGGGGUUGUGGAACACGGCAAUGCGAAGUAAAAUAAUCAUGGACUCGGGUUCGAUCCAGAAUAUUGACGUUAUCCCCGAUGAGUUGAAGAGACUCUAUCGUACAGUUUGGGAGUUAAAACAAAAGGAUAUCAUUGAUAUGGCAGCAGACCGCGCCAAGUUUAUCGACCAACUGCAAAGCAUGAAUAUUUUCCUCAAGAACCCCACCAUUGGGAAGUUGACCAGUUGUCAUUUCCACGCGUGGGAACUGGGGUUAAAGACUGGUAUGUACUAUUUACGGACCCAGGCAGCUACCCGAGCCAUUCAAUUUACUGUCGAUAGCAAAGAAGCUGCGUCGGCCAAUAACCACCAGGGGGAAAUCUCGCGCAAGAGUUUGAAAAGGAAGAGAUACGUUGAAGCACUGCCGAUUAAAAAGAGCAAGAUUUCGGCUUAUGCUACUCCCGAAUCACAAGGCGGCUCAACAGGGCCGUACAUGGAAGAGGAAGAAGAAGAAGAAGAAGAAGAAGAGGAAGAAGAAAAGGAAAAGGUGUAUGAUGAGAUUUACAAUAUCCAUGAUUCCACGCCUGUUGCUUGUAACUUGAAAGAUCCAGAGAAUUGUGACUCUUGCUCUGGUUGA